AUGCCCACUAGCAGUGCUCCGUCUAUGCUGUGGAAGUUCUUUGGCCCUGACGUGAUUCGACCUCUAUCUCGGCAAUUUGCCCAGGUCCUCGUUGCUGGCUGCACGGCCCUGCCAGAAGCCUGGAACAUCAGCGAGCUCAUCCUGAUCCCCAAGCCGAACAAAGCAUUGAGCACCCCUGCUCACUUGAGGCCAAUAUGCCUCCUUCCUUUGCAGUCUAAGCUCAUCGCGGCGGUCUUGGCAGGACGUCUCCAACUAUUCGUUGCCCGUUUUCUUCACGACCUCCCUCAACUUGCAUAUGUCCAACAAAGGACCAUGUCCCAGUGUCUUGAACGAGCCGCAGCGCGCUGCGCAACUGUCAGGAACCUCAUCCAGCAGCAUGCUCCUACGCUCUACACCAAGAGGCAAGGACGCCCUGACCUUAGGCUUUAUGGCGGGUGUCAAUUGUCACUUGAUAUCUCAUGCGCGUAUGAUCAUGUACCCAGACCGGAACUGGAGCAAUCUCUCCUUGCGGCACAGGUGCCAGAGGCACUCAUACAAGCAGUCCUCCUGAUCCACGAGCAAGCCCAAAUCAAGAUUAGCCACGGCGGCCAGGUAGCCUGCAUUCGUCUGAGACGUGGAUUGAGGCAGGGGUGUUCGUUAUCGCCUCUGCUUUGGGCGACGUAUAGCGGCUUUGUGCUACAGCACCUCCACCAGCCGGGCGUACUGGACAUACCCAAGAACAGCAAUGUGUACGCAGACGACAAACACUUUGCAUGGGUUAUUCGGUGUGGCAAGGACAUGGAAAACGCCUACGCAGCGAUCAAACAUGUCCUUGCAGGCCUGCUCCGCUUCGGCCUCAAAAUCAGCUUUGACAAAACAGUGAUCCUGUUAGAAUUUCGUGGCCCGGAGGCGGUGAACACCAUGACUCGGUUCGAAUCCCAGAGCUUCAAGCAUCGGCUCCAAAUUGCCAAGAACGCCUAUUCGAGGCUGAAAUCUGUUCUCCGGAAUCGCUCCGUUCCGCUGCACCUGCGACUUCAGCUGUGGAGAGGCUGCAUCUGGCCGGCUGUUUUACAUGGCCUGGACUGCACCGGUCUGACCCACAGUGACCACCAGACAUUGCAUGUUGAGCUCAUCAAACAAGCCAGGGCCAUAGCCAACUCACACUCGAUGUUCACCAAGGAGUCCAAUGUGAAUUUCCUUCAGCGUCUCAAGUUGCCUGAUCCGGUGGCCAGGCUUAGAGAUUCCCUUCAACGUCGUGGCAUACAAGACCAGCUGCUGGGCCCAGGUCUGCAACCAACGGAGGAACAGCUCCAAUGGAGAGCCCUUCUGAGCGGGCAAUUUGCGGAGACUGAGUCCAAUGCCUGGAACAUGCAGCCGUCCACCCAGCCCAGCACAAAGCUAGUAUGUGUAGACAGUGUCGUCCAUGAGAAGUUCAGCUGUGACGUAUGUGGUCAAGAGUUCACUACCCCGGCUGUGCUCAAAAAGCACAUGUUCAAGUCCCACUUUGAUCAGCAACAGCGAGAUGACCGCACUGAGGAAGUUCAGGAAUCACGCAAACGAUCAAGCAUGGUGCACUCCCUCGACGGUAUGCUCCAAUGUCGUCAUUGUAAACAUGCUUUCGGGACCUGGCACGAGUUCUUUUGCCAUGUCAGCUCUCGUAGCUGCCAGAUGCUACGCUCCAUAUACGAUCAGCCCGACCCAGAGACCACCAUGCUUCCCCUCCUCAGUGAUGCCGUGAUUGAUUCCGAAGAAGUGCUAGCUUUGGCCAAAGACUGCACGUGGCAAGAUUUGGCACAACUCCCCUUGGUUCGACAGAAACACCAUCACUGCAUUGAAUGUAAUCACUGGGGUGUACGUCCUCAAUAUGUUCGUCGGCAUAUGCUGGCCAUGCAUCCUGAACGGGAGCCUCUUUUGAAAAAGUGCAUCAGUGACAUUCAGAAGAGCAACAUUAGUGUGGUGAGCCCUUGCCAAUUCUGUGGCGUCGUCUUCUUCAGGAGAGAUGCCCAUCUUCGCUCGUGCAUAGGCAUCUUCAACGAAGUGCAAGGAUCGGGCCAACACCGUCCCAACAAGCACUGGCAGACGGCACCUUGGCAUCAGCCAGCUUCGGGACAGACCCAGGACGGCGAGCUGACGAAGCGGCAGAACAAGCAGCUUGCGGAGCUGAAGGCCAUCGUGAGCAUGUUGACUACCCUGAUCCUCAGACAGGAGAUUCAACUCAACAUCCACAAGCAGGACACCUCCUAUGUGGUAUUCAUCAACACGCAGGAGCAGCUGAGCCUGGCACAUACCCUGCAUGGAGUGGGCGUACAAUGGCACAAGGUGAAACAGGAAACCCCGGAUCAGCUACGCCACCCGAUGCGGGUGGUCAUGUUCCAGCACUUUGUCGAGGUGGUCCAGACAAGGUUCCUUCGCAUGAUUGCCAGCCCGUCCUCCCGCUCACAGGCUGCCGAACGAGGCCUCUUGCAGGAGAGCGAUGGCAAGAUUCCUGCCCUCCGCUGGGACCCCAAUCUGAAGAAGCAUGUCAAGGACGACCACAUCGAGGAGGCUCAGGAGUCCUGGAACCUGUUGCAUCGCCUGAGCCAAUCAGCCACCUGGCUCUCGGUGCGGUAUCGACUCAGUUCAGAGGUGACUCACUUGGGCGAUGCCCCAACUCACUCCCAUUACCAAGUUCUUAUUUAUGAUGAUGAUGCCCAGACUGUUCGAUUGGCAGAUGAUGGACAUCCGGCCCUUCGAAUCACGACGGAGCAACAGGAUGAUAUGAACGGCCAUUCCUUCUCGUUCCAAGUCAAUUCUCAUGCUUUUGAGUUCCAGCUCUUCCUCGGCAAGGGCGAUGACGACUUCCUGAAGCGACUAGAAGCGGCUUCUGGCGCCCCGACAGCUCUUGCGCCCGGCACGGCCUCAUCACCGACAGGUGGCAACAGUGCAGGAGGCGGCAGCAGCGCGGACGACGAUCUCAUGAAGCGUCUCGAGUAUGUGCCGCCACCACCGGCUGCGAGCUCCCGUGAGCUGCUGGCCUCGGAGCUGGCGGAGGCGCAGUCGGCGCUGGCGGCGCUGCGGGGCCGGCUGCGGGGUACCCGCGAGGCAACCGCGGAGCUCCGACGUCGCUGUGCCACGGAGGAGGCCGAGGGUCCUCGGCGCCUCCGGAGGGCCGAGGAACGAGCGGCGGAGCAUUGCCAAACCAACCACGAGCUGCGGCAGCUGCAGCACGCCUUGGUGCAGGUGGGUCGGCGACACCAGACCGUUCGGGAAACGUCCGCAAGCAAUCUCUACGCACAAUGGCGGGCUGCCCUUGAUGCUCACGUGCGUUUCGGAGGCUUGCUUGACGUGGAGGACUUCCCGUUUGCGGCCUUCCUCAAACAGGUGUCGGAGGUGGUUCCUGCAACGGAGCUGGAGGCAAAAGAAAGCGCCACUGCCGAUCUCAAAGAAGACCUCUUGGUAAUGAAGGCGAGAAUCGAGAAUGUCGAGGAGACAGAAGCGAUGCUUCUUGGACGCAAAGCACAGCUCGUGGCCGAGUCCGCUAUGCUGCGCAUGGAGCUGCAGGAGCAGCGAUCGACGAACCAAGGUUGGGGACAGGGCCGCCUGAGUGAUUCUGCCCAGAAGCACCAGAUCCGCGAAGAGCAGGAGCACUAUCGGAACCAUGGCGAGGAGCUGCAGGUGGAGCUGCUCAAUGAUGAGGCACAGCUGCAAUGGGCUGUGGCAGCGACGGCGCGAGCCAACGAGGAGGUGGCGGAGCUGAAAGGGCUGCACGUCUCCCUGUGCCGACGGAGAGUGCUGCUGGAGGAGCAUAUCUGCAAGAUGCAGGGAGGGGGUGCGCAGUUGCGCAAGAAGGUGGAGGCACAGGAGUGCGAGCUGGGCCGGCACAGACUCGUCCGUGUCUGGAGCAGCGAGGCUUCGGAACUUAGACGUGUUGGCCAGAUGCACCAGAACGAGGCGUUGGCUUGCCUGCGAAGUGCAGCGCGCGUCCGCGCAGACACCGAGAAUGCGGAGGAGGAGCUCCAACGCCUGUGGGCACGGAUCGGGGAGGCGCACCGAGAGGCAACAGCCCAGCGGGAGGCUUUGGGCCGGACGGGGGAUCUUCGUGGGGCCGUGGAAAAGGACGUGCUGGGCUUGCGCGAGGCUCGCACCGUAGCCGUUUCCCACUUCAGCGCUCGUUUCUCUCUUGCCGCAGCUUGUGGUUGCGCUCACAACUUUGGCCCGCUGGCCCUUCAAGCUACGAGCAGCGCCGUGUGCAGCUGGGCAUGGAUCCAGGCCGGGCUCACUUCGGAGUCUCCUUUCUGGGCGCAAGCAUAUCGAGGGAACUCGAGGGCAACUCUGGACUGCAGCGAAGUGCCUUCCAACGCAGAACUCCGCAAGUUGGGGCCGCUAUGGUGGCUGAAACUCUCGGCCGAAGGGUGGCGACACCAUCCUUGCACAGACGGGAGCCUCCGUCGAGCCGCUGCGAGGCAUCGCUGGGCCUGUGCCAGGAGCAUUUGCUGGAGGAGCAAGCUCGGCAUAUCCGGCCUCAGCAGAAGAGGCCGCUGGGCCAGCGAAAUGGAGGCGCAGGUUCGGAGAAUGUGCUGCCGAUUGACGCCAAGUCACCCACGACGUGGUCUCCUUCUGCGGGCAAGCUGUUGUCAACCUCCAACAACAAGGAAAAUGAGAACGACCAGGUCCCUCGAAAAGCUCAAGAGGCGCAUCGUUGGGCAGAAAUCAGGGCUCGGGAACGCUUUCAAAGAUCGAAGUAUCGUGUUUGCGGUGGUUGAGGGCUUCUUAUGCCAAGCUGACAUCAGAAUCGCUGGUUGCAGCCGGGCCCCGAGCUCCUGGCCGGCCCUCGGCGCUGCUGCAGCGGCAUGCGGAAGCCGGCAGGUGAAGCUCCGCCGGCGUCGGUCCUUGGGGUUGAGCCUUGCUUUGCUUCCUACCGCUGCGCAGGCGGAGGAGGGCCUGAAGCAAAUUGGCAACGAGAUCUUCAGCGUCCAGCUGCCGCAGGGAUUCACUUGGAACGAGAAGUUCAUCCUUGCGAAGACUCAUCUCUUCGAGCAGAGUGUGGGUGCAUCCGACCCUUACGGCAAGUGGAAAGUGGGCUUGACCAUCGACGAGGUCUUCGCCAACAGCCUGUCCGAUGUUGGCUCGGUCAAUGCUGUGGCCGACCGGAUUGCGGACAUCGAGCGACAGAAGGAUGGGAACUUCACAACGGAUGUUCUUUCCGCGAAGGAGGUUGCUGCCGGGGAGGCGCGAACCUACCUCAUCGAAUACCGUUGCGAUACCUCACGAGGCUUCAAUCAUUUUCUCGUGCGGGUGGCCUUGAAGAAAGGACGCCUGUACACCUUGACGUCGCAGGCUCCGGAGGAUCAAUGGAAGAAGCUUGAGGAUGCCACUCGGGAAUCCUUCGACAGCUUCAGGCUGACGGGAUGA